AUGAAGUGGGUAAGGCUGCAUCAGCGUGUCGCACUGCGCGCGAUGGUGAUGACGACUACUAGCUACUCGGUCGGCCCUUUGUACUCGCUCGUGAACACUACUAAGAGUUUCAUGACAGCAAGCGCGAUGACUGUUGCGCGUCGCGCAGUCGCCACGACCGGACCCAGCGAAGCGACUACUAUCCCACACAUUGUCCAUUACUCCAAGCUUGGCAUGGAUGGCUUCACCGACAUUAAGUUCAACACAGCCGCUGACGAGCUGCUCGAGCUCAUUGAAACGAAGGUGGAUGCACUGGACAGCGCGGCGGUAGAGGAUGUCAGCUGCAAUGGCGGCGUGCUGACCAUCGAGACGGCGGAGCGUGGCGUCUUCAUACUCAAUAAACAAGCCCCAAAUGUGCAGCUGUGGCUCUCCUCCCCCAUCUCCGGCCCCCAUCAUUACGACAUGAUCACUGUGACCCAGGACGGCCACGAGAGGGUGUCGUGGAAGUCCGACCAUGACGGACACGAUUUGGUAAAGAAGCUCGAGGAGGAGUUGAUGGAGGCGAUCGGCGCUGACGUCAAGCUGUGA